CCGGAGUGACCCGAAUGUUUUGUUUGCACUACGACUUUUGGUUUAGGAAAAUGUCCUGUCAGCACAAGCAAUGAUGGUGAAAUCGUUGUGAAAUACCGAUUUUCCUGAUUCUUCUAACCAGAAAUAGAAAAUGUCGUCAACUGACAGAAACAAACUCCUAAUGGGAGACAACAAGUCGAUGUUAUCAACUAGUUCAUCAUUGAUGUCAAAAUGGUCACUGAAGACAGAAUUGACAUCACAAACUGGUUUAGGCCUAACCGCAGGAUUGGUAAAAACAGAGAAGCCAUCUUCUGUGACAACAUCUGGAAGAAGUAGGCUUGACCAAACUUCUUCAAACAUUGGCGGAAAUACUACAUCUUCAGCGUUACACAAUACAUUACUUGGACCAACAAAGUCAAGUUUUUCAUUGUCAGGAAGACCAGGAUUGACAUCAAAUUUGACCAGCAGUUUGACCACAUCAUCCAAUUUGUCUAGUAGGCUUGGUCUGUCAUCAGGUUUAAGUAGUAGACUUGGCCCAUCCUCCAAUUUAACAAGCAGUCUUCUGACAAAGCCUGACCAAUCAAAACUUAGCUCAUUAAGAAGUAAUGAUACUAGAACUGACAAAACGUCUUCCAUGUUUAAGGAAAAUUUACAAUCUAAUUUACUGAAGUCAACUUCACCCCUCGUCACAAUAAAAAUAGAACCAGUCACAUCCUUUAGUUCAAGCAGUUACUCAACUCAAAGUUCAUUAUCAAGGCAAUUGAGCUCAGAUAAAAAGGAGACAACAAAAAGAAAGAGUAAUGAUCGCUCUGCAGUCAAAUCAAAAAAGAAGAUGGUGAACAGUGAUGGGAAAGUAACUACCAUAACAAGAUAUGAAGUCAAACCACCACAGUAUAAAUUAGAAAUAGACAUUAAAGAUAAAGGAAUAGAUAUCCCGGACUUCGUAUCACCAGCACAGGAUCCAAGUUUGAAACCUAUUUCUAAACCAUUACAUGAUGUGAAUGGCAUAAAGCUUGGUUUCAUCAAUGCUGUAAGUGGAUCACUUAUUUGCCAACCUAAUUUUAGAAAUUCAGAAGACAAUACUAGAAUAGCACUAUCCAACAUGGCAAAGAAGUUGGUUGUUUAUGAUCCAGAGUUUGUAUUGAAGGUUGCACUAUAUACCAGAAAACAACUAAACAUAAGAACAACAGCAAACUUUCUGUUAGCCAUGGCAGCUAAUAUUGAUUUGUGCAGACCAUUCUUAAAGAAAUACUACUGUGCCUCUAUAAGUUUACCAUCAGACUGGAUAGAAGUAGCUGAAAUAUAUCAGGCUUUCCAUGACAGACAUUUGACACAAGGGGCAUUACCCUCAGCGCUAAGAAGAGUUAUGAUGACUAAAUUUCCUGACUUUGAUGAAUACCAGCUUGCUAAGUAUAAUAAAGAAAGUUCUAGGAAGAAGAAAAAGAAGAAAGAACGAAAAAAUAAGGAGAAAGAAGAUGAUGGAUCAGCUGUGAGAGGCGGUAGAGGUGGCAGAGGAGGUAGAGGUCGUGGUAGAGGAGGUUUUACUAGAGGAGGUAGGGGAGCUAGAUUUGGCAGUUUUGUACCCCCACAGCCAGAUGACAUUUCAUCAGAUUCUUCAGAUUCUUCAGAUGAGGAAGAAGAAUCCAAGAUGAAAAGACAGAUAUCAGAUGUUAUAUAUGAUGAUAAAGAAUCGAAAGAAGAGAUUGAGAAGACAUCUUUUUCACUGAAACAGCUGAUCAGAAAACUACAUAUCACAGAGCCAGUAUACCAUGUCAUGGCUCUUAUCGGUAAAAAGUACCCAGAGACAUUAGAAGAUUUUUACAAGUGUCGUCUUCCAGGACAAUGGGAAGAAGAAAAGGCGGGAAAAAGAAUGAAACUCCCUGUACCCGAGACUUGGGAAACUCAGGUUUCACUUAAAGGAAACAAAGCAUCAACAUGGGAAGACUUAAUAGACCAUAAAAAGUUGCCAUUUAUGGCAAUGUUGAGGAAUCUGAGAAAUUUGAUAAAAGCUGGUAUCUCAAACAAACACCACACAGAUAUUAUCAAUAGACUUACUAAUGAGAGACAAGUUGUCAACAGUAAACAGUUCCCAUUCAGAUUUUUCUCUGCAUAUGAAGUUUUGGUUAAUCUAGAGAAAGACUUUGAGGAAAGCCAAAAGAAGAUUGUGCAAGAGGCAGAGAUUGCAGCCCAGUAUGUAGCAUUGGGAAUUCCUCAACCAAGUGAACGUGCCAGGGGUCGUGGACGUGGUAGGGGGAGAGGGAGAGGUAGAGGACGAGGAGGAGGGGCAGAUGGAGAAGUACAGUGGUGGAUAGAAAAGAGAAACAAAAAGAAAGCUGAAGCAGGGAAAGCAAAAGAGACACCUUAUGAUCCCAAUCUGAUACAGAGAUACAGGAAAGCUUUAGAUACAGCUGUUAAAAUAGCAACAGUAUACAAUGUCCAGCCAAUCAAAGGAAAGACAAUUGUUUUCUGUGAUGUUGGGGAGAAUAUGGAUGUUAAUUGUACAGCUGCCAGGGGCCUUGGAAAACCCAGAAAGAUGAGGGAAGUAGCUGUAUUGAUGGGUUUGAUGUGUAAAUACUCGUGUGAGAAUUGUGAAUUUGUUGUAUUUGAUGAGUCCCGUUAUGACCUGAUCACACCAAAACCUGGAACAAUUCUGAAUAACAUGGAAGAUACCCUUACUGUUUUGGAUAAACAAAUGCAGACUGGCAAGAACUUUGAAUAUAAAAUUCCAGAUCGUAUAUUAAAUGCUGCUUUGGUGGAUAGACAACAGAUUGAUAACUUGAUAAUACUGAGUGGUGGAGUUGACAGUGUACAGCAGGACUUUGUCUCCUUCUUCCUGAAGAAGUUUAGACAACUAGUAAACCCUAAUCUGUUGUAUGCCAAUAUUUCAUUCAGCGGAAAAGGUUGUGGAUUUUCUGAGAGUAUCAAACCAGAGAACGAUAAUGACAUCUAUAUCACAGGAUUUAGUGACGCUAUACUGAGAUUUAUUGCUGAGAGAGGUGAUGGAGGUCAACUUAUGCAUGUUGAUAAGAUAGACGAAUUCUUCAAACUGAAACCUAUGCCAAUACUACAAGAUGUCUUAAGACCAGCAAGGUCUGUUCCUGUCGAGAGACCACUGGCAAUACCAUGCAACACACCAUGCUGGAGAACCUUCAGAGUUUUCAUAUCAUCAACAUUCCGAGAUAUGCAUGGAGAGAGAGAUGUUUUAACAAGAUAUGUCUUCCCAGAGUUACGUGCCCUUGGAAAGAAACAUUUUAUAAAUGUUUAUGAAGUUGAUUUGAGAUGGGGAGUAACAGAAGAAGAGACAAAACAUCACAAAACAUUAGAGUUAUGCUUAUCAGAAGUUUCCAAAUGUCAGUAUUUUAUUGGCAUAUUAGGGGAACGGUAUGGGUAUAUGCCAGAUAAAUACACAGUUCCAGAUACGCCUGAAUAUGACUGGGUGAAACAUUACCCUCAAGGGGCCUCAGUGACAGAAUUAGAAAUGCAUUUAGGUGUUAUGAUGAACCCUGCACAGAAACAAGACAAAGCUGUGAUGAUGAUCAGAAACAAUAAUUUUAUUAAAGAUGUACCAAAAGAAUUCCUAUCAGAUUUUGUAGCCGAAAAUCCAGAAGCUGAAAACAAGAUGGCUGCCCUGAAGAGUAGGGUCAGAAAUUCACCUCUAGAAGUUAUUGAAGGAUAUGACUGUAGAUGGGGAGGAUCUGUUGAUGGGAAACCCAUUGUUUCAGGACUUGAGAAGUUUGCCAUGCCAAUCAUUAACUCUGUGUGGAAUUCUGUCAGGAAGCAAUGCCCAGAUGAGGAUGCCAUGUUGGAUGAAACAACCCAUGCCACAAAACAACAUGAGGCAAUGGUAGAGAACCACAGAGCUAGAUUUGUGGGGAGGAAAACUCUGAUCAAAGAAUGUCUAAAAAAGAUGUCAGAAAUGAGCUCUGGUGGUGUUAUCUCACUUACAGGAAAACCAGGCACAGGAAAAUCUGCUGUUUUGGCUUCACUAGUGACCUCUUACAAAGACUCAAGCCAGUGUGAUAGUCCAGCCAACAUCUUGGUCCAUAUAUCUGGAGCAGCCCCAGGGUCUACAAAUAUCCUGGCCACUCUAAGGAGGCUGUGUUAUGAAAUAAGAAGACAAUUUGGACUGACAACUGAUAUUCCAGAAGACUACAAAAACAUAACACAGAAGUUUGGUGAGAUGUUGACUGAAGCUGGAUCUCUAUCUGGUUCCCCAGUGGUCAUAUUCAUGGAUGGUUUAGACUUGAUGGAAAACACACUUCUACCAAGCACAAUGGAUUGGCUGCCUAAUCCUGUACCAAAGAAUGUAAUAUUUGUAAUAACUGCAUUGGAGGAUGGAAAAUUCAACAGUUCUAUGAAGAGACUUGGAGCUGUCAAUUUAAGUGUUGGUCCAUUAGACAUGUGGGACAAAGCUGAUGUUGUCAGGAACAACCUGGCAGUACACAGGAAGGUUUUAGAUGAAUCACCAUUUAACAACCAGAUGAAGUUAUUGCUCUCAAAGAGGGAAGGAGCAAAUCCUCUUUUCUUGAAGCUUGCAUGUGAAGAACUCAGAGUAUUUGGAGUGUUUGAAAGGAUCACAAACAAGCUGAAAUCCCUGCCACAUACCACUCCGGCAUUAUUACAAGAAGUACUAUCCAGAAUAGAAUCAGACUUGGGUCUUGAGCUAGUAUCUACAGCCAUCUCAUUGUUAGUCUGUUCAAGAAAUGGUAUACAAGUAGAAGAAUUACAUGACUUACUAAGUAUACAUGAUAUCUUAACAAAUGAUAAAUUCAAAAUGGACGACAUCAGAAACAUUAAAUUUACACCUGAACAGAUGUUACCAGCUGCUGUGUUUGGUCACUUGAGAAGGUCCUUAGAGACAUUCCUGAACCCAACUGACAGUUGGAACAGUAGACUAACACUGGCUCAUAAAGACAUAGAGGCUGCAGUAAGACAGAGGUACAUGAAGGGUUCUUCAGACUUGGAAACUAAAUACCAUUCUCUGCUGGCAGGCUACUUUUUCCAACUGGCUGAUCCAGGCAAAACCAAUAGUUUCAGUGGAAAUAAUCCUAGAGCCUUUACAGAACUGCCAUUCCAUUUGGUUUAUUGUGGUGAAUUUAAAGAGUUACAACGUUUACUUUGUAAUCUGAGUUUUAUACAUGCCAAAUGUCAGCUAGGAUUGGCUACACAGUUAAUGGAUGACUAUCAAGAUAAAGCUUUGACAAACAAAACAUCAGAGAGAGAACAGAACAAAAUGAUGAAUGCAGAGGAAGUCAAACAAUACAAACUGUUUGUAUCCAGACAAAUACAUGUAUUGAAUGGAUAUCCUGCAUUGACUUGGCAGCAAGCUAUCAAUGAGCCAGACACAUCUAGAGUUCACAAGGAUGCCAUUGAUAGUGGAGAGGUGACCAAGGGUCAAGGAUACAUGGCAUGGAAUAACAAACCAAACACCACAGAUCCAUGUUAUAUGACCAUCAGUAAUUUGCCUCAGCCAGUGACUUGUGUAGCUGUAUCCAAAGAUAGCAAAUACUUUGCCUGUGGUGGAAUGGACUGUAUGGUUAGACUGUAUGAUUUCAAUACAGGAAAGGAGCUCCAUACAUUUAGAGGUCAUGCUAAUGCUAUCACCAGUGUAUGUUUUGUUGGACAGUCCAUGUUAUGUAGUGCUGGAUUAGACAAUGCUGUCAGUGUCUGGCAUAUAGACCAAGGUCACAGAAUACAUGUCUUGAGUCAGCACAAUAAACGAGUACAGUCAGUUGCUGCAGACAAGGCUGGAAAGUUUAUUGCUUCAGCUUCAUGGGAUUGUACUGUGAAAGUAUGGAAUGCUGUUAAAGGGGACAGAUCUUGUGAAUUAUUGGUCGGAAGCCAAGUGAACUGUGUUGACUUCCACCCAGAAGGUCAGCUGAUCGUUACAGGAAGUUGGGAUGCCACAAUAAAGAUCUGGGAUAUAUUUCACAGGAAGAGAAAAGCAGUGUUACGAGGACACAAGACAUCAGUGAGAGAUGUAGCCUACUCUCCAUCAGGACGUCACAUUGCCUCAGCCUCCUUAGAUGGUGAUGUUAAACUCUGGUCAGCAUUCAAUGGAACACAGGUUGGUAAUAUCCAGGGUCACUCGCUACCUAUCAACAAACUGACGUUCUCUCCAUCCGGUAAAGAAUUGAUAACAGUUAGUGAUGACCAUAAAGUCAAGGUAUGGUCUGGGAACCUUGGGAAACCAGUCCAAUGUAUUGGUAUGGAGGAACAUGGAGCUGCCAUGUCAGUAGCACUUCACCCAGAUUGUGAUGUUGUAUUUGUUGGAUACCACAGUGGAAAUAUCAGAGCUUUUGACGUUAUGACAGGAUGGGAAAUUUUUGACAAUAAACUCCAUACAGCAUCAGUAAGGUGUAUCAAAUAUGUUGGAGAUGGCAUGGUAGCAGCAGGAUCAGAUGAUAAUACAAUGACUAUAACAAGUACAAAAGAAUCUGUAGGAGGUAUUAGACUGACAACUUUCACCAAACCUGUACUGUGUUUAGCACUGACCAAAACAUUGAUGGCUGUAGGAUCAGAAGAUUUUACUUGUACAUUGUUUCCAGCACCAAAGGAGAAAGAUUUAUCAAAGAAAAAUAAGCUCAAAGUGUAUUCCACUUUAUCAGGCCAUGUAGGACCGGUAACCAGCUGUACUUUUAACAGUGAAGGCUCAUUAUUGGCAACAGCAAGCAGGGAUGCAAGUAUAAGAAUUUACCAGGUGACCUGGGAAACAGAACCACUUCUUAUGAAUGUGAUGAGUGAUUGUCAUAAAGACUGGAUAACUGGAUGUCAAUGGUCAAAUAUAGCAGACUUCAUAGUGACUUCUUCCGUUGAUUUCAACUUAAAGGUUUGGGAUACUGCCACAGGAACAGAGAAAUCCACACUAACAGGUCACAUGGCUGGAAUUAAUGCUAUCUCCUAUAGUUAUGGAUGUAUAGUGUCCUGCAGUAGUGAUGGAGCUGUCAAAGUUUGGUCACAGAAAGGUACAGAGAUUACAACCCUGUAUGGACAUACACAGAGAGUAAAUGGGUGUGAUAUGAUUGUUAAAACAAGCAAGGAUGACACUGAAGAGGAAGAAGAUGAUGCAAACAAAUCGUGGGCAGAUAUGGUAGAAACAGCAGAGGCUGCUAAGAAGACAAAGAAAUCCAAACGUCCAGGUGUAAAGAUGGAUGAUGUACUGGUAGCUACUUGUGGAGAUGAUGGUACAGUCAGGGUAUGGCAACCAUUGCAGGCUAAUGAGCUGGCCAGUAUGUCUGGACACGAUGACAGAGUACUCAGUGUAUCAUCUGACUCACAGGGAAAAUUGUGUACAAGCAGUCUAGACAAGUCUGUCCGUCUGUGGGCUCCUGAGUUGUCAACAACACCAUCAGAUGCAGGACAUAAUGGAUCAGUGACAUUUGUCAGUUGUAUAGAAAAUGGAACAGGAUUACUGACUGGAAGCAGGGAUGGUGUUGUCAAGUUCUGGAGCAUAAACAAUGGUGUAUUUGUUUGUGAGAGAACGAUGCAGGUAUCCAAGUAUUCUGUUACAGCUGCUUUAUUCCAAAUUGACAAUACUAUGAUAACAGCAGGUGAAGAUGGACAAAUUGUUUCUUGGUCUGUCACAAGAGAAGGCAUGAACAUUAAGAGAGUUGAGAAAUCCACUGUAAUAGAAAACAGUUCAACACCUGUGACUUGUCUGCUUCAAUCUACAACCUCAGCUCAUGUCUUCUCUGGCAAUUGGAAAGGGGAAGUAACUGUUUAUAAGAACAACAAACAGUUUGAGAGAAAAUGUGUAGUGGAUAAAGCCGACUGGAUAUUAAGUUUGUAUCAGACAAAAUCUAAGCCUGGAUGUCUGUAUGCUACCACUGCUAGUGGAAUGGUCAUUGAAAUAAAAGUUACAAUGGAAAAGAAAUGCAACAUAAAAGUUAUAACCAGGAUUUCGAUUCCAAACAGAGUUGACACAGAUGUAUUAAUGCACAAGAAACAACCAGUUUGGGUACACAGCAUGGCUGUUGAUGGCAAACUACAGAUAAUUGGAGAUUCUAAAGGGCAGAUAACCAACUCUAAAUCUACAACAAGGGUACAUGGUGGAGCAGUGACAGCAGUAGAUAUGACAGAUGAUCUUAUUUUCACUGCUUCUCAAGACAGAACAGUCAAAGUAUGGGAUAAAGAUAUGAAGCAGGUUGGUUUAUUCUUCUGUCCAGCACCAGUUACCACAAUGACAAUUGUGAAAGUUUUACACAAUCCAUAUUCAGUUGUCUCCCUUGCCUGUGGAGAUGAAUUGGGUAACAUUCAUUACUUGACCUGGAGUGGAGGCAAAUAAACAGUAGAGAAAAAAUACUAUUUUCACAGAGAAAGACAAAGGUGAAUUCAUCAUACUUGAUGCUGUAAAAAGAGGGAAUUGUAAUUAAUUGUGGCAAUGUGUUUACUUUGAAGGAGAUAGAAAAAAAAUAUACAAUUUUGUAUGUAAAUAAUGAAGAAAAAAAAAUGCAUUGAAUUCAAUUGCAUAUUGUGACUAUUUGUUAAGAAUUUGAUAUAUAUUUGUUAAUGUAUGCACUGUCUGUUUUAGUUAAUUUCAAAUUAAAUUUAUAAGAAUUGUUUAGAUAUGCAUUUUCUAGUUUUCAGUAAUUCUAACAUUAUCAUGUGAAAUAAACAUAGCAAAAAUAUGCUGUAAAGAUAUAAUUUUUGGAAAACAUUUUCAUCCCAUUUUAAAGCAUUGAGUUUGUACAUUAUUCAAAAAUUUUACCAGUAAUUUAUGUUUUAGAAUUUAAAAAUCUUUAUAUUGUAUUUAUAUGGCUUGUAUAUUGUGUGUGCAAUAUCUGACAUUUAGACUUUUUUAUAUCAUUUUCUUUACAUAAAGAAUGAAUAUGCUGUAUUAUAUGUAUAUCAUCUGAUAAGAUUUUGUUUAACACUUUUAGUACAAUUCAUAUUUGUUAUGUUAUAUUUUUGUUAGUAUAUUUUGUUUCAUUGAUAGUUUGAUAGAUAACAAAAGAAAAACUUUGUUUGUACAUAUUUUUUUUUAUAUCAGUUUUAGAAGUUAUUAUAUUGCAUAUAUUGGAGUUACAUUGUUUUGUAGAGGUAAUCACCAUGUUUAAUUUGUGGUGAUACAAACUAUCUCUUUUGAGAUUUUUCACUAUUUUUAUCAUUUAGUAGAAAUGUAUAGUAUAUAUGUACAUAAGAGUAGUGAUGAUUUUUAGUGCAAUGAACAAAUAAGACGGUCAUUAUAGUCCCACUUACCAGUACUGAUGUUGGGUAUUGAUCAUUUACCUUCUCACUUACUGGUAUUGAUGUUGGGAGUAUGCAUUCAUCAUUAUUCUCGUUUGAUCGUUUCAUUGUUUGUCUUACAGUCACUUCUUAUAAGCCAUUAAAUGUGAUGUAACAGAAUUCAGUGUGUAAUUGCAUCUUUAGUGCACCUUAUAUACAAGUUUUUUUAUCCGAAGAUUUUUGUGAUAUUUCCCAUGAUAUAAAGUUUGUUAUAUUGGCAUGAGGAUAGCUUCCUAUUAGGAAUCCACUUUUUCUUAGAUAAUUGACUUUAUGUCAAUGAAUCUUAGUCAUGAUAACUUAAUGCCAUGUGCAUUUCACCAUAUUUUUUAUUUUCAGAAUAGGUGGGUGGAGGGGUUCUCACAGCAAAACCUGCACUUUACUCUACUGUUUAUGUAUACAAAUGAUGGAGCAGAGUUAUGAACUAAUAGGCCUUACUCAACAGUUUUUACCAUUGAUAGUUUUUGUUUUCUGUUAUUUUUUAAAUCCCUAUAAAACACUGUCUGUUCUGUUGGUUUUUUUUAGUUAACCUAAAAAGUUAUAUUUAGGAUACCUUCUCUUAACAAUUUAUCAUUGAAAAACAACAGAUGUUUUUUUAACCCAACUAAAUAAUUGUUACAGUUGAAAAAAAAAUCAUGUUAUUGCUGAUUUAUAAAAUAUGAUACAACAAGUGUAUUGUUUAUAUUCUGGUUAAAAGUAUAUGCAUUAAAACAAGACCAAAGUUUAUAACUGAAGAAUAUAUAUUUAACUCUAUUUCUCAGUUUUUGGCCUUGAAACAUUUCCCACGGUGAAAUUAUGGUUUUAUUGCAUCGUUCAAAUAUACAAUUGAAACACAUUUUAUAUUGUCAACGAUCUCUUUUUUUUUACCUGUGACAACUUAAUGUCUUUCUAUUACACUUCACCUUUUUUUUUAAUUAUUGUAACAUGCAUUAAAUAUGCAAGAAGUUGUUGUUUUACUGACCUAGAUAUAAGUUGGUACCAUCGGAACCGAAAUUAGAUACAUGCAUGUUGCACGUAUGACACAUCUUUCUGCAUAGGUCUCUCAUUUAAAUGUCAACAUUGAUGAUCACAGUAAAUUGUUUUAUUGUAUACUUUAAUAGAUUAUUUUGCAGGAGGUAAAUUUUUACGACUAAUAAAUAUAAACAAGUAGAAGAGUACUUGUCACUUUAUUUAGUCCAGUCUUUGGAAGAUUCACAUAUUUAUGUUUAAGAAAAUAUAAUAAAUGAAUUUGUUAACUUAGCUUGAUUUUAAUUUUCUUGAUUUUUAAACAAUAAUUACUAUUAGUAUUAUUUUUUUUUAGUUUUGUUCUAUAUUUUUAAAGGGGGUCAAAUAGAAAAGAUAAUAAGACAUUUUUUCAUAAAAUUAUUGUAUUUUGGGGGUGGUUAAAAAAAUCAUUAAAAAUACUCAGAUAUUUUACCAAAAUGGCUGGUACACAAAUUUCAUCUAUUUUAAAAAUUGUGAAAGAGUAUUUAUAUGUUGUGUGUGAAAUACAAAAAAAGAGAGAAAAAGAGAUGAAUGAGAUGUAAGAAAAUAAAGGAAUGAAAGUCAUUGCCAAAAGAAUGUGGAUUGUGGUAAACUGUGAAAAUGGCUAGAGUGAAAGAAGAGGAAGGAUGGAUGAAGUAAGAAAAAUAAUGAUUGGUAGACUGAAAGAUGAAAGCAAGAAAAGUACUGGAAGUGCUGUGUCAGAAUGCAUGUUGGAAUAGAGAAAGUUUGAAAUGAAUGAUAAUCAGAAAUCUGAGAAAUUCCUAAACAAUCUUUUAUUUCCUUUUUAUUUUCCAAAAUGUUAGUACAUUUUGUUUUUUUUCAAUUUGUAUGUACCAGUUUUGUGAUUUCAGCAAUCUUCUCAUUAAGAAGCGAUAGAAAUCACAGAUAUUUGUUAACUUUUUUGUUGUUAUACAUUUGUUUUUGAUAUGUUUUGAAUAAAAAAAUGUUAAUUAAA